AUGUCGUUAAAUUUAUCAUCUGAUGAUGAUAAUGAUGAAAAUUGUCUUGAUCGAAAUAAUACUGAAAUUCUUACUGUACAAAAAUCUUUAAUUCAUAAACAUCCAUUAUUUCCUAUACUUACUUAUGUACUUGAACGAUGUGAACAAGCAACAUUUAAUCCAUCACUUUUAACAACAAAAGAUGAUAGUCAGACAUCAUCCUCAUCCUCAUCAUCAUCAUUUGAGCAUAAUUUAAAAAUAUUCUUAUCAAAAAAUAAUGAUAUAUUAAAUAUAACUCGAGAUAAUAAUGAUUCAGCAUCAAUAAUCGAUGAAUUUUAUAUUGAUGCAAUGCAAGUACUUCGUAUUCAUUUACUUGAAUUAGAAAAACUUAGUGAUUUAUGUGAAGAUUUUUGUCAACGUUAUAUUGCUUGUCUUAAAGUUAAAUUAAAUCCAAAUAAUUUUUUUACUGAUGAUGAAGAAGACGAUGACGAAGAAGAAGAAGAAGAACGUGAUGAUGAUAAUGAAUGUGAAAAUUUCGAAUUGCAUAAUGAUGAAGAUUUUGAAUCAACGGAAGAAAAUGAAAAUGAUUUUAUGUUUAAUCAACAACAAUUCAAUAAUAAACAUAUUUUAAAACUUCAACCCCAUAGGUAUGAUUUGUAUUGAAUAACUAAAACUAAAAUAUUUGUAAUUUCGAUUGAAUCAAAAAUAUAUCUGAUUGUUAUAGUUAUUUUUUAAAUAAUCGACACAUGAGAUUUAGUUUAAAAGUUAUUAGAAAUAUGAUAGUUUCAUAUGAGCUUUCGUUCCUGUAAUCUAAAUUGAUCCAACUAGCAGUUGGAUUUAGGUUGAAAUUAGUUGAAUCUGGUACGGAUUAAUCUUUGAAAAGUAUCACAGUCAUUUUCUCCCUGACAAACUCCACUCUCGAUGUAUAUUUUCAUGAUUAAUUCAAAAAAUCAUUUUGUCACAAAGUUAUUAGUUAAUAUUAUCUUUAAUUUACAUAGUUGAAAAGUUCAAUAAUUCUGAAAGUCUCUAAAAUAUGAAUAAAUUCUUUGAUGUCUAAGUAAACCAUUGUACCAACACAUUUCUAAAUAACUAUAAAAUUCUCAAUAAUUUUAUUUCAAAUAAUACUAAAGAAUCAAUAACAUUCAAUGUGACAGUAUUGAGAUAAAUAAUAAUCCUUUUCCGUUUCUGAUAGACACAUUCUUAGAGGAACAAAGAAAAUAAUUUUCAUUCCAACAAGUACUUUUAAAAUAAUAUAGACAUUAAUAAUCAUUUUACCUUGUAUUCUCGUUGCAGAACGUCUCUAGCAAUAGGAUAUACAAAUCAACAUUCAUAUCAUUACUUUUAUAUCGUAUGUCAAUGGAUAAUAGUUGUUGAAAAAAAGAAAUAAAAGAACACGACCAUAUUACCAUAGUUUCUUAGUAAAGUUAAAGUUAUAAUACUUGAUAUUUUACAGUUUUAUAGUAUUAUAUUGAACUAUUGAGAUUUUCAUGAUUCUAUUUUGAUAUGUAUUUUUGCUUUUCUGCCAAUAACAAAAUAACAACGAAUAGUUUCUUUCUUGACAUAAAAUAUAGAGAUUGCAAUUGAAUCAAAGUUAUACAAAUAUAUAUGAAUAGUACAAGAAUAGAUGCUUAUAGUACAAAUAAAAUUUUCAAACAAUGACAUAUAAUAUUGACAUAUCGUUCGAGUUUUUUUUUUAAAUUCAUUUUUAAAUAGUAUUUAUUGAUAAAUCAUUAUAUGCGUCAUCAAAAACUAGAUUCUCUUAUUCACAUUAGAACUCUGACAUACUAUCAAUAGUCAGAUUAUAGUCAUGAUUUUAACGGUAUUAAACUAGUAUGACACUUUAUCAAAUAAAAACUUAAAAGAAAUGAACUAUAGACAAUCCAUCUGAUGUCUAUUAAUAAAUACUUUUUAAAAAUGUAUUGGAAAAAAACCUCAAACGAUAUGUCAACACUUUGUAUGUUUAUUUAAAAAUUUUAUUUGUAUGACAACCGUCUACUCUUGUAUUAUUCGUAUAUAUUUGUAUAACUUUGUUUCAAUUGUAAACAUUUUCUCAUUGGUAAUUGAUAACAAUUUCAAAAGUUUUAUCGAAUAACUAUAUUCGAAAAAACACUAAUCUAGUAUUAAUAAAUAGAUAAAAUUUUUGAGAUCAACUUCAACUUCUUCGGAUUCAAAAAGUUGAAUCUACAUAGAACUCGAUCUGUUCCAACAGUUCUUUUAUGGAGUUCAUCGGAACUGUUGACGCUGAAUUGUCUUCAUUUUAAAUGUUACACAUCUAAUGAUAAGAUAGAAGUGUUAGAAAAAAAAAACACCAGUAAACAAUAAUCAAUGUGUUUAUUUACGGUUAUUAUUCGAUGUAUCUUUUGUUGCUUUGACUAAAGUAAAUUUUUUUUAUCUAUUGAAGUAUAAAGUUUUAAUAUGUCAUAGUUAUCCCAAUUCAACAAAUUGAUCAAUUGUGAUAGUUAAAAUUCAACGUAAUUGAUACGUAAUCCUAUAAAACAAAAUAUCUUGUUGAAAUGUUACAUUACAAAAGCUCAUAUGUAACACAAUUUUCGGAACUAAAAUAGAUGCGUUAUAAAAAUGGAUUUGAGAAUAAAUCAAUUGAUGAGAUAAUUCAAAAUAUAG